CGGCGCAACCUGCAGACGUCGCCCGACGAACAACGCACAAAGAUGCCUUUCAAGCCCGUGGAAAUGCCUAAGUGCCCAAAGUGCUGCAAAUCUGUGUAUGCGGCCGAAGAAAUGCUGGCUGCUGGUGCCAAGUGGCACAAGACCUGCUUCCUGUGCGGUCUGUGCCAUAAGAGGCUGGACAGCACCAACUCGACGGAACACGCGGGAGAAAUUUUCUGCAAGCAGUGCUACGGGCGAAAGUUUGGACCUAAGGGCUACGGAUUUGGUGGUGGUGCCGGUACACUGUCCAUGGACAAGGGUGAACAUCUUGGAAACACCGAGUGCUCCAUGUCCAACAAGCCCCACGACCCGACGUAUGGUUAAAAGGCAACGGACCUUACGUCAUCAUCAUCGUCACCACGGCUAUUUUGUUAUACGGCACCAGUGUACAUUAUGACUGUAUAUUUAAAGAAAUAAAUUAAAUUGCCUCUC